GUCAUGUUUUAUGUGUAAAACCGUUAAUAUAUGGGCAUGCGAAUAAAACCGUUGUUAGCAAGGAAUAUUUGGUAUUAGAUGUGGGAAUAGACGUUGUAUUAUAGACAUGAUAUACCCAGAUGGAUCAUUGCUGGAAUAAAUACCUGUGUAUAAACCAUCAGCAUUUUACUGGAAGCAUUCAUGAUUGGUUGUUCGAAAUCACACGCAAUCUUGCAGAAUAAAGUUCACGUAAUGAAGGAUAUUUGUACGAUAAACUUCUACACCGUUCAAAGAUGACGGAAACACAAGAAAUGGAGGCUCUUCAAAGAGCCCAUAAGGAGCGCCUAGACAUCGUACAAAAAUAUGACAAGGGAAGAGACAAAGGUGCUCAAAUAGACCCAUGGGAAGAUGCUUCAUUCAUCAUCUAUAAAGUCACAGAUAGAUACGGAUUCUGUCAGGUCGACUUAGAUGUUUUCAACUUCAGUGAAAAUGAGCUCCCAGAAAGCCCAGAUGAGGAGGAGAAAAAGGCAAAAGAGUUGGAACUGGAGAGAACACAGAAAUGGUUGAAAAUGGCCAAGAACUGGAAGAGGUAUUACACCAGUGAAAAGUUGACGAGAAGAAUAUAUAAAGGUAUCCCGGACAAGAUGAGAGGAACAGUGUGGGCCAUGCUCCUGGAUCUAAAUAAAAUAAAAGAUGAGCAGCCUAAUGUUUAUGAGAAAAUGAAAGCGAGAUCAAGGUUGUACUCGCCGGACAUCAGGCAGAUUGAUCUGGACGUCAAUCGGACCUUCAGGAAUCACAUCAUGUUCAGGGAUAGAUACGGCAUCAAGCAACAAGCUCUCUUCCACAUCCUCGCUGCUUACUCUAUGUACAAUACGGAGGUUGGAUAUUGCCAGGGGAUGAGCCAAAUAGCAGCCCUCCUUCUCAUGUACCUUAACGAAGAAGAAGCAUUCUGGGCUCUUCUUAUCCUACUGACAGACACCAAGCAUGCCAUGCAUGGUUUCUUCAUUCCUGGGUUUCCCAAGCUGAUCAGGUAUCAAGAUCACCAUGAAAACAUCCUCAAGAAACUCCUACCGAAGGUCCGCAAGAAUCUGGACCGAUUGGAGAUCCACACGAGUCUGUACUCAAUGAAGUGGUUCUUUCAAUGUUUCUUGGAUAGAGUACCGUUCCCUCUCACACUAAGGCUGUGGGAUAUAUUCAUGCUUGAAGGAGAUAAGAUACUCAUAUCAAUGGCGUAUACCCUUAUGAAACUACACAGAAGAGUGUUGAUCAAGAAGGACAUGGAGAUGGUCGUGAGGUACCUACAGGAGCAGUUGGUCAUUGACUUUGGUUACAGGGACGAUGAGGUCAUAGAUGCCCUACAGGAGGGGAUAUCAGAAUUGAAACGCUCAAAGCUACUGGUGCCCCCGCCCGCUAAGCAAAAUGAGAUGCCCAUCCUUCCCUUUGGACUGUCACGGCAACCGUCGAUAAGCCAAGCCACGGGGCUACGAACGGCCAUGCCAGUCAGCAAUGGCACCAGUAAACAGUCCCAAUCUCCCACCGUUUCUCAACCUCACACGUCCGAAAAAGACAAACAAAAUCAGACUAAACCUAUUCCUCCUGCUAAACCCAAGAACGUCACUUUCAAAGAGGUUACCCAGUCAACAUCAUCAUCUUCCCAACCAACGACUCCUACAAGUACCAUUGUUUCAGCUUCAAACGGCACAUCUCAGAAUACCUCCCCAGACAAACGCAAACCAGAAGAGAGUUACUACAGCAGUGUGACUUCCUUUGAGAGCCAAUACUCGGCUCGUUCUUCGGGCACGCAAGCCAUGAGGAACAGCGGUGGAUCCCCCGCAAGGUCGGAACCCAGCAGCAGUCGCAAUAACGACUUGACACCGACGGGUCGCGAGUUUGUCGAAGGGUUCCCCUACCAGGACAUGUCGGGUGUGGACGUUACGUACAGGAGGCAGAACUCUAAUAAUGAGAAGGGCACCCUGAGAUCAGGGAAGGCAUCUCCACUUAAUGAGCGCCCUCAGAGUUUGCCCCCGUCCAGCCCCGCCCAUACUGACCUCAGUGAGCGAAGGCUGUCCCUCUACGAUAAUGUGGACGUUUAUUACAAUGCGCAUUAUGAGCAGAGCAUGGAGGAGUCUUUGGAAGCCGUUGGAACGCCAACGGCUCACGCGCAGGACGGGAUGUUCUAUGUGACCGGAGUGACGAACGAUCCUCGAGUGACGGGGAUGUCGCAAGGGUUGGAUCAAGCGGCAAGCACUGAAAUUGGCAAUACUUCCUCAAACUUCAAGACCUACCCAGAGCCUGGACAAGCUCCAGGAACCUCUUCGCAGCUGAGCUCUCCUCCGCCCCCAACCAAACCCACCAGCCUGGGUAACCUGCAGUCCUUUGAAGUACAGAAGACAUCCCAUCAAUAUCAGAAGAGGACGUCGUGGGAAGGGUCACAGUCGCAACCGAGCUUUAGCCCCAGCCGUAGUCCUGGAGCAACAGCAUCCGCUCCAGCUCGACCUGCAGGUGUCUCCCCUGUGCGGACAUCGCCAACACGCAAGCCAGCCAGUCCCAUCAAUGGCGUUCAAUACUUUCAUUCACAGGUCACCUAUAUAUGAAAACCUCUCCGGUAAGGGUCAAAUGUCAAAGCUCAAAGGUCAUUCAAGGUCAAACUGAAAGAUGGGAGAGGAUAGAAUGUAAAAGAGGACCAACUAGUGUGUAACAUCCAGAAUAAUAUGUAGGAACAAUAUUAGAUUAGAUAUAGUCAGAGCAUUGCUUGUUAAAAGUAGUGUAAUCCCUUAGGGUCAAAGGUCAUAAGUCACCUCCUUAUUCAAAAUGCAAAUAUCUGCAGCAAUAGGUGACAUCUUGUGCCUCUUUUAAAAGGUGUUAAACAUUUCUAAGUGGUUUGAAGAAAUACAUUGUAAGAAUAUACCUCAAGGUACAGUACAAGUUCUUUAUCUGCAAGAAAUCAGUAAGUUUUGGAAAAUUGAAUUUUGCAGAUGAAAUGAAAAUAUGUUUUGAAAAUUUGGUAAUUUAAAUGAUCAACGGCCGACAUAUCAAUUAUGAGCGCUAAACUUUUCAUAUUUUUAUGAAAAAGUGAUCAUUACAUUCUAAAUAGCAUGGAAAUAAAACAAAAUCAUGAAUUCUCUCAAAAUUACAAAGAUCAGUCAGUAUAUUGAUUUGAUUGAUGAAUUAUUGCCAUAUUAAUAUUUCUGUUCCUUUUCUAAACUAUUGUAAAUGAACCAAGAAAUUUGGUUAAUUCACAUACAUGCCCUAAUGGAGAUUAAAGAAACUCUGAUAAUUGUGCAAACACAAUAUUCCAAAAACAUGCUUUAACACAAAUUUUAACAAGGAAUAGUAUAAAUGAUUAUACAAUAUGUUGUCGAUUUGGGAUGUAUACCCAGUAAAUCUUUAGUGCGUAGCCACACUUGGUUUUUCUUCCUUAAUUCUAUUAACUUUUAUCACAUUUUUUCCCCGAACAUAUUGUUUGUAUUUAACUUUUGUAUUAAUGGAUACUACAAUAAUGCAUCUUUUAUCAGUUACCUGUCAUUAGAUUACGAAUAAAAUAGUGUUUGUCUUUAUCAAUACUAUCAUUCACUACUGGAAAGUUCAUAUUUUAUGAUAUUUAAGAGCUGUUUCUUGCAUAUUAACUCCAUUCUUUUGGAACUACUUAUUGGUGUUUCCUUAUUCACACCACUCUGUAUACAUAUAUGUAUAACCAAAGAAAGAGAGUGGUGUUCUAAUCUCUGACCAAAUUUAGCCCUCAGAAAGGUACCCAUAGGAAAGAGAAGGGCUAUUUACCAGUCUAUGUCCAAUUACAUAGACCCACACACUCAUUUUCAUGUGUGUCUCUUUUUUGUACCAUGUACAUGUUUGGAGUAUCUUUAUUUCAAGUGCAAAACUAUCAGUGUACAUAUUGUAUAUUUAUUAGAUAGAGGAGAACAUUUCUACCCUAUUUCUGAAUUUUUUAUAAGAACCAUUUGAUAUAGGACUCUACAUGUAUGUUUGUGCCAUAGGUGUAUAUCAAUGUUUUUAAUACAUUGGUUUUAAUAUUUUCAUGGCAAAUGUUCAUUGUUGUCAGUUUCCAUUUAUGUACAGCGAUAAGUAGGAAAAUCUUCAGUUUCCCCUUUCCUCUUUCCUUACCUAUUCCCAUACAUGUCGUUUGAUGUGGGUUGUUUGGGUAUUAAUGUAUACAUUCUGUCAAAAUCAAAUGUUCAUGUAUUAAUUAGUUGCCUGUUAUCUGGCUUUCCAUAGUUUCUGUUGAUUGGAUCAAUCACAUCUCUCUAUAAGAUGGGGCCCAGGAAGUUCAUAUAAUGUUUUAAUCAUGUUUCAAAGUGGCAGCAUCAUUUUGCUACAAUUUAAAAAAAAAUAAUUAUUUUUACUUUUAUGAGGAUUGAACUAAAUUGGAUUGAUUCAAAUAUGACAUGAUAUAAGUGCAUGGCUGUCAAUGCUUAUUAUCACAUUUAUCUUACUAUCCCAGCUUCUGAAUUGGAAUACAUUUUAAAAUCUCUUCCUUUUGCCAUCUUGUCGUGCAUAUUUUAGUCAUUAGAGCUGUAAAGUAAUUCAAAUAUUGCCUAAGUAUGACAAUAAAUUAUCUGAUGUGUUAUGGUUUUCUUUUUGGGAAAGUAAGAUGUUUUUUUAAACUUUACCUAUGUCCUUGUAGGGUUCUACACAAUAAUUUUGCACUUUGAUUAGAUUUACAGGUUUUAGUAUUUUAUUGUAUAUGAAAUUUAAUUUUAUAUCAUUAGAUGUAUUUUGAUUUAAGUAAAAAAUGUGUUUUAAUGGAACUUCUGAGAAGGUUGUGUACAUGUGUAAAUGUAAAUUGUAAUUUAGGAUUGCAAUAAUAUUUGUUUUUUGUAUAUGAAUCAGAAUGGCGU